GCAUGUGUUGAUAUAUUUACCAAGUGACAUAUUUAAAUUCAUUAAACCAGCAACUUAUUUUUGUAAUUUAUUCUAGUAGAAAGGAAAAACUGAGAAUUUUAAAAACACAGAUAUCUCCUAUUUUAAGAGAUAGUCUGCCAAGUCUGUAUAGGCUAUCAUCCAGCAUAAGACAUGAGUGAAAAAAGAUGAACAGUUUCAUCCACAUUGGUACAAAAUGUACAAGGAGUAGGAUCAAAAUUAAAGCAGAGUAUUUAUGGAAACUUUUAAAGAUUUCUGUCACAGGACAAACAGUAGAAAGCUUUUUUGGUGUGGAGUUUAAUUCCUUAAACCCCAGUGGCCAGUUUGUGUAGUGUGUUGAGAAAGUGAGAACAGGUCACAGGUGAGAUAAUUGGAUGUGAAAUAUGCUGCAGGAGGGCAGCCUUCUUUCUAAACCAACAAAGAAUUGAGGAGAAAACAGGCUCGGGGACUGCUGGGGAAUACAGGCUGUUAGGUGUGCUCUGUUUGAUUUUGAUCAAGCAAUGGCUUCAGUCCGUGUAGCUGUCCGAGUCCGUCCAUUGAACAAAAGAGAAAAGCAGUUAUCAUCGAAGGUCAUAACCCACAUAAAAGGGAACAGCUUAUCUAUUCAUAAGCCUUCACCUGUUCAAGAGGAUGAGCUGAAGGACAGAGGGAAGAUCUUUUCUUAUGACUUCUCAUAUGAUUCAACUGACAGAGGAAGCCCCACAUUUGCAUCCCAGGAGAAGAUUUUCCAUGACUUGGGGUCUGAUGUCCUGAAAGCUGCAUUUGAGGGUUUCAAUGCCUGUGUGUUAGCCUAUGGCCAAACAGGCUCAGGAAAAUCUUACACCAUGAUGGGUCAUAAAGAAGAUAAAGGUUUAAUCCCACGGAUCUGUGAAGGCUUGUUCUGUGAAAUAUCUCAGAGAAGCACGACUGAUGCCGUGUCAUUCCGUACAGAGGUCAGCUUUUUGGAGAUCUACAAUGAACGUGUGCAGGAUCUCCUUAAGAACAGAACAACACCCACAGAUAAUGGAGGCUUGAGAGUGAGAGAGCACCCCAGGGAUGGGCCCUAUGUCGAGAAUCUGUCCAAGCACUUGGUGCACACCCACAGUGACAUAGAGGAGCAGAUCAUUCUUGGAAAUGCCAACCGCACCACAGCCAGUACGGGGAUGAAUGACGUCAGCAGCCGCUCUCAUGCAAUCUUCACCAUCAACUUCACUCAGGCGUGGUUUGAUGCAGAGUUGCCAUGUGAAACGCUGAGUAAGAUCCACCUGGUAGACCUGGCAGGCAGCGAGAGAGCUGAUGCCACACGCACCACAGGCACCAGGCUGAAGGAAGGUGCCAACAUCAACAAAUCCCUGGUCACCCUUGGCAGUGUGAUCUCAGCUUUGGCUGACCUCAGCGUGAGAGGACAGAAAACAAAAAAGAAGAGGCAGAUCUUCAUUCCUUACCGAAACUCUGUGCUGACUUGGCUACUUAAAGAUAGCCUGGGUGGGAACUCAAAGACCGCUAUGAUAGCAACCAUUUCUCCUGCUGAUGUGAACUAUGGGGAGACCCUGAGCACAUUGCGCUAUGCCAGCCGCGCUAAAAACAUAGUGAACUCUCCCACAGUGAAUGAAGACAGCAGCGUGAAGGUGAUCAGAGAGCUGCAAGAAGAGGUUACCAGGCUCAGGAUGCUGCUAGAGGAAGCCAAUCAGGUUUCCCGCGGGGAGCUGUCUUCCUCUGUGAACGUAGAGGAGGAGCUGCAUCAGAAUGAGGCAAAGGUGCGAACACUGACCAAGGAGUGGACCAACAAAUGGGGGGAAACUCAGAGUAUUCUGCAGGAGGAGACGGUGGCUCUGAGGAAGGAGGGGAGUGGAGUGGUCCUUGACUGCCAGUUACCUCAUCUGAUAGGCAUCGAUGAAGACCUGCUGAGCACUGGCAUCAUCCUCUAUUAUUUGAAAGAUGGCAGAACCUUGAUCGGGAGCAACAAAACAUCAUGCAGUCAGGAUAUUGUCCUUCGUGGGCCUGGACUCUGCAGUGAACACUGUGUGUUUGAGAACCGUGCUGGGAGCGUGACUCUGAUCCCUCAGGAUGGUGCACUGUGUUCAGUGAAUGGCUCUGUGGUAACUGAACCCUGCCAGCUGACUCAGGGUGCCAUCAUACAUCUAGGGAGAGGAACCAUAUUUCGCUUUAACCACCCCACAGAAGCUGCCCAGCUCAGAGAAGAACGCCAGAGCAAGCUGCUGUCUGCCUCCAGCCUGUCCUUGACUGACAUGUCCGAAUCUACCGAGAGUCUGACCAAGGUGAUGCUGCAAAAUCCAGGGCGGAUGGAAGAGAAGCUCAACCAGCAGGAGGUGGAAUGGCAGCAGGUCCAAGACAGCCUGAACAGACGCAACCGGGACAUCAAAAGACUUUCAAAGGAAAACAGUGGGGCUCCCCAUAAACACAGAGCAGAUGAGAAGACAAAAGGAGAUGAGAUAGAAGUGACUGGCAAUGGCCAGAUGGAUGUGCUGGCUGCUGGGACACAUGAAUCCAAACUGCCAAGCAGCUCUCCUACAUCUGUCACAACAGACAAGCUCACCACUACAGCCAUACCUGGAAAAUAUCCUGUUCCUCACACUAGUUUUGAGUUGGAUGGAGACACACUACAGGGUGGGGUGACCACCAGAGAUGGCCAGGAGCAGGAGAGGGACUUGUGUCAUAAAUCAGGGCCAGAGCUCAUGUCUGAGCAGCUGCAGAGGAAAGCUGGGAGUGGGGCUGGAGUCGCAUGUUAUAAGGGAGAGGAGCUGUGGUCAGGGGAUGCCAGCCUCCAGCAGACAAGUGUCCUGGGCCCGGGUGAUGGAUGUGGCAUGAAGCCAGAGGGGAAUGCUAACGAGAUCCAAGGUGUUGUGACUGACUGGUACAAGGGGGGACCUGGCUCUGCUGGGAGCUCAUUAGGCAGCAUGUCCCACCUGCAGAGAAUAGGAGGAACUCGCUCCACAUCUGUCCUCCCACAGAUCAGCACUCAUUCUCAGCUCGACAAAAAGCCUCCCAGCAGUCAGGCAGCCCGCUGUCCACCUGACGAAACUGCUUUCGAGGGCCAGUUUGGCUGUGAAGAGAUGGAUGAAUCUGCAGGUUUGGAGGAGAUCCCGGACAUGUGUGUGACAGAGACUGCAAGAGUUGCAGUUCAAAGCUCAGGGCUGGGUUCUUUGCUCAACAGAGUUUCUCGGAUUGUCCAGGAUGCAGGGCGUCACCUUUGGAGUUCUCCACAAUCACAGCAAGUCAGAGAGGAGGGAAAAUUGCCUGUUGGGGCCUGCUGGUCCAGUCAUGUUGUCUCCCUAGUCAGGGAAAGCAAGGUCCUGUCUGUAGUGAAGAACAGCCCUGUCUUCUCCCUGGUUAAAGGGAGCUAUGUCUUUUCACUGUUCAAGGAUAGUCACAUUUUUUCCAUGGUGAAAGACCUACCACUCAUACAGCACAUCCAGACAGAGAUAAAUCAACACCUUCAGGCUGAGGAGGCAGCUAGAAUUAUUCAGGGCUGCAUUAGUCCUCACGCCACACAACUCCCGGUCCUGUCCCCAACUCAUUAUUUUAUCAAAGCAGAAGAAUUGCCAGAUGACCUGCAGCUAAUCCCAGAAGGUAUCUUGACAAUGAAUAUGAGUAUUGGGGAUCUGCAGUUACCAAAAGAGCAGAGCAUGGCUGAUAUUGACAUAAAACAAGGAGACAAAACAGUUACAGUGCUGUCACCAGUGAAACACACUAGUGCACCUGCAGACAAGGAUCAGGCAUUGGAGAAUUCAGUGACUGUGCAGAACAAAGAUGACAUCCAAAUCUUCUGUCUAACAUUGAUAGAAUUUCCUGAUGACCUUGUGAACCUGCAAAAUCUUCCGAUGCAAGACCUGAUGGUCUCUCUGCAGUCUGUUAUUUCUACCUCAGUGCUCACUUCCCAGAAGAUUGUAGCUCUCUCUUGGCUGAAUGUCGCUAAAUGUAGCCAACCUGAACCCUGUCCUGCGCUCUUGAUCCUGAUGGAGACAGGCCUUUAUACGCUGACUACUGACUCUGGGCUCCUGGUGCUGUUCCAUCAUCUCCCCUUGUUGCAGCUGAAGGAGGUGCAGAUAGGCUUAGCAGGUCACAGUCUGCGUUUGACGGGGACUACAGAGGAGAGCAUCUUGGGUCUGUACACCAACAGCCAGGAGCAUACCAAAGAGCUGUGUUGGGCCAUACUUGGUGUCAUCUGCCCCGAUGACAAGAGGGUCUCUCAGCACCCACUGCUCUGCGGAGACUUAACGAGGAUCUCUCUAGACUGGCAGGCUUAUUUACCUGACCUGCUGCUGGAUGCUGGUUUAAGGGUGUGCUGCCAGUUUCAGAAAAGUCUUACAGAUCUGGUUUACCUCCUUCAUUGUAACAUGGAUCAACAAACAGUCGCUCUGGGAGAGGUGCAGCUGCUACUGUACACAAGUGUAGGGGUGUGUGUUAGUUCCAGUAACCGCACUGCGGCUUUGGCCCAGCUUUUACUUACUGAUACCCAUCUCGGUCUGGUGCAGGAGGAUAUUGUCUUUCACCCGACCCCAUGCUCUGUGAUCAUAGAGCCCUGCCGUCCCCAGUUCCACGAUUUAACUCUUCGUCAGCGCUCAGAUGUGCGCUGCGUGCUGGUGCAUGAUGAAGACAAGCGUGGAGCUGUCAGACUGGAUGUAAUCCUUGCAAAUGUGAGGGCCAGGGGUCACCCUGAAAGUGCAGCUAUCCCACCUGCACAUGCUUCAAAUUCAUCUCUGCAUGCAGAAGUGUGGAAAUUAACUUUCAGUUGCUCCGCUGAGGCCACCUGCCUGAUUAAUCACUUGUCAAAUGUCUGAUCAAGGACUGAACAGCCGGUAAUGAACAGCCCAGCUUGAAAACUCUGACUCACAGGGAGCAAUGGCAAAAGUGCAUCCCAACCAGACAGUGUUGUCACAGUUCACUGUGACCAAUUUAGAAGUUUUUGUAUUGAUUUGUUUUUAUAUUAAAUGACUUAAGUACUUGAGAAUUUGUCUUUAAAACACUUUAAUUUCUAUGUUUUCACAAUGUUAAUGUUCUUUACCCAAUACCUCACCAGUAAUAUUGUCAUAGAUGUUCUUAGUUUAAUGUGGGAUGUUUUAAAUUAGGGGUUGAAGGUUCAACAUUGAGGAUUAAAAUCAUGUUUGUAACUUUGUUUCAUGGGCAUUAUAAUAUAUAUUUUUAAAGAUUUUACAUUAUGAUCUCAAUGUCAUGGUUAAGUUGUAUAUAUGUAUGUCAAGUUGUGGUCAAUAUCAAAUAUAUUUUAUGUAAGAAAAUAGAUCUAUUGAGGUGGAUAUGUGUGAAUAUGUUUUGUAAAAAUAAACGGAAGGUAAAUCCA